AUGGCUUCCAACGGUAUCGGCAUUGCCAACUUGCCCAACCAGCGCCACAAGAUCGUGGCCAAGGCAGGCGGCCACUUUACGCUCAUGGUGGUGGGUGAGAGUGGCGUGGGCAAGACGACGCUCAUCAACACGCUCUUCAGCACCGAGCUCGCCACGGGCAAGGACCACUCGCGCCGUCACACCAAGCAGCUGGACAAGACGGUGGAGAUCGACAUCAUCAAGGCCGAACUCGAGGAGAAGCAGUUCAAGGUGAAGCUCACCGUCAUCGACACGCCCGGCUUUGGCGACUACGUCAACAACCGCGACUCGUGGACGCCCAUUGUCGACUUUAUCGACGACCAGCACGAGCUGUACAUGCGCCAGGAGCAGCAGCCCGAGCGACGUGAAAAGACCGACCUGCGCGUCCACGCAUGCCUCUACUUUAUCCGCCCCACCGGCCACACGCUCAAGCCGCUCGACAUUGAGACGAUGAAGCGUCUGGGCACGCGCGUCAACCUCAUCCCCGUGGUGGCCAAGGCGGACACGCUGACGCAGGCGGAUCUGGCGACGUUCAAGCAGCGCAUCCGCGAGGUGAUUGCGACGCAGAACAUCCGCACCUACUCGCCGCCGCUCGAGGUGGACGAUGCGGCGAGCGCCGAGCACGCCAAGCAGCUUAUGAGCGCCAUGCCCUUCUCGAUCAUCGGCAGCACCGAGGACGUGCGCGCGCCCGACGGCCGCGUGGUCAAGGGUCGCGAGUACCUGUGGGGUGUGGCCGAGGUGGAGAACGAGGAGCACUGCGAUUUCAAGAAGCUGCGCUCGCUGCUCAUCCGCACGCACAUGCUCGACCUCAUCCACACCACCGAGGAGCAGCACUACGAGCACUACCGCCAGGCGCAGAUGGAGACGCGCAAGUUUGGCGAGCCCAAGGUGAAGAAGCUCGACAACCCCAAGUUCAAGGAGGAGGAGGAGAUGCUGCGCAAGCGCUUCACCGAACAGGUCAAGCUCGAGGAGGCGCGCUUCCGACAGUGGGAGCAGCACCUCAUCGCCGAGCGCGACCGCCUCAACAAGGACCUCGAAACCGCACACAGCACCGUCAAGGCGCUCGAAGCCGAGCUCGACGCUUUGCAAAACGGGCUGCAUCUGAGCAUCCUCACUCGCACAGGAUCUGAAACUGAGCUUCUGAACGCCGAAUUGCUGGGAAAGAGCAACAUCACCGGUCAAGUCUCUAGCUAUGAGCGGCACGACAUGUGGGGAUCGGGUGGAGGUGGGUUGGGUGGCUAUGUUCUGGCUCUGAGAUGCACCGCCCCUUUGACUGGGCAUGGCGACGCGAUUUUUGGAAAUUCCACGGUCAGCAAUCGUAAAUCCAGGGCCAGCAGGCUGACGGCGGUUGCAAAACGCUCGUGGCUGGGCCGUGCGAUUUGGGCGACGGGCGCGUGUGGGCUGAUUGGAUUGGAUUGGCAGUCGGUCACAGAGUCGCCUCCACGCCCAGGCGCGCCUCGCCUUGCCUCGCCUUGCCUUGCCUCACUUCGCAUCGCAUCCACCCGAACCAACGCCGCUUCGCAUCCGAUCCACCUUGCUCGCUAUCAGCCUCCUUCGCGCACGUCCACAUCCAGCGCUGAUCACGCAUCCAUCACCCAACUCGCCCAAUCGGAGAUCUCUCCCCGCCGUCAAUCAGCGAUACCCACCACUCGUGCAUCACGCCGAAAGCGUUCCAUGUCGCUCCAGAACAUCUCCAAAUCUGCCGUGCGCGUCGGCAAAAACUACAUCAAGGGCUACUCGGACGUCCAGGUCAAGGUGCGCGAUGCCACCUCCAACGACCCGUGGGGCCCGAGCGGUACGCAGAUGAACGAGCUGGCGCAGCUCAGCUACAACCAGAACGAGUUCAUCGAGAUGAUGGAGAUCCUCGACAAGCGUCUCAACGACAAGGGCAAGAACUGGAGGCACGUCUUCAAGUCGCUCACCCUGCUCGACUAUCUGCUCCACGCCGGCUCCGAAAACGUCGUCAUCUACUUCCGCGACAACAUCUACAUCGUCAAGACGCUCAAAGAGUUCCAGUACAUCGACGAGACCGGCAAGGAUCAGGGCGCCAACGUGCGUCAGAAGGCAAAGGACAUCACCAAUCUGCUUCAGGAUGAGGCGCGCCUGCGCGACGAGCGUCGCUCGCGUUCGCACAUGCGCGACCGCAUGUCCAACGGCGCGGGCGAUGACGAUGACGAAGCGAGGAGGAGGCGUGCCGAGCAGGAGCGUCGCCGUCGGCCCAACAACAACAACGAGGACGACGAGCUGCGCCGGGCGAUCGAGGAGUCGAAGCGCAUGGCGCAGCAGGAGCAGGACCGCAUCCGCGCCGAGGCCAAGGACGAGGAGGAGCUGCAGCGUGCGCUGGCGCUCUCCAAAAAGGAGGAGGAGGAGCGCAUCAAGGCGCUCGAAGACGCCAACAAGAACGCGCUGUUUGACGACUCGAUCAACCUCGACGGCGCCAACGCUUAUACCCAGAACCAGCAGGUCGACUUUUUCGGCAACCCGCUCGUCGAUACCUCGGGCUCCCAGAACUACGGCGUGCAGCCCCAGUACACGUCGUUCAACCCGUACAUGCAGAUGCAGCCUACGGGCUACAACCCUUUUAUGCAGAACCAGCUGCAGCAGCAGGAGCUUAUGCAGCAGCAGUACAUGCAGCAGCAGCAGGCCGAGUACCAGCGUCAGCUCGAGCUGCAGCAGGCGGCGGUGCAGUACCAGAACCUCAUGACGCAGCAGCAGCAGCCGCUCGUGCCUCAGCAGACGUCGUUCGGAUCCAACAAUCCCUGGCUCCAGUCCGGUGGCCAGCAGCAGCAGCAGCAUAACGUUCCGGUGGGUGACUUGUUCUCGUCUGCACCUACGCCUCCGCCUGUGCAGCCGACUCCGCAGCCGCAGCCUGCCUCGCCUGCACCGGCACCGCAGCAGCAGCAGCAGCAGAACCGACCUAUCCGCGCCAAGGUGAACGACGACGCCAAGUUCGGCGAGCUCAACAGGCUGUUGGCGCUCGGCGAUGGCGUGGACACGUUUGGCAAUACGGGCGAUAUGCGCAUGGGUCCCAACAUUGCCCACUACAAUCAGAUGCGCACGCAGAAGACGGGCAUGAACUUUAACGCCAACACCAGUGCGCAGGGUCAGGGCCAGGGCCAGGGUCAGGGCGCAAGUGGAGGCGCGUCCGACAGCAACCCCUUCUUCAAGGUGUAG